AUCGACGCUGCCAUUGAACACCCAGAGCAACCUGACCCAGGCCCGCCUGCAUUCCCACACCCCAUCGCAUCCAGCAGCCUUCGCCAGCCCCCCUUGCUCCAACGCUACUCCCUGUCUCUCCGGCUCACGCAACCUCCUGCACACCUUCUUUCUGCCUCGACCUGUUGAUCUCGCUUCCACACACACACACAAUGGAUAUGGUCAAGAAAGUCCCCGCUGCCUCCAAGAACACCCAGGACGAGCCCAUCCUGCGGCCCAACCCCAAGCGAUUUGUUCUCUUCCCCAUCCAGUACAACGAGGUCUGGCAAAUGUACAAAAAGGCCGAGGCCUCGUUCUGGACGGUCGAGGAAGUCGAUCUGUCCAAGGACCUUGCCCACUGGGACCGCCUGACGGCCGACGAGCGUUUCUUCAUCUCGCGGGUCCUGGCCUUCUUUGCCGCCUCGGACGGCAUCGUCAACGAGAACCUCGUCGAGCGCUUCUCGCAAGAUGUGCAGAUCCCCGAAGCCAGGUGCUUCUAUGGGUUCCAGAUCAUGAUCGAGAACAUCCACUCGGAGAUGUACUCCCUCUUGAUCGACACCUACAUCCGCGACCCCCAGGAGCGAUCGUUCCUCUUUGACGCGAUCGAAUAUGUCCCCUGCAUCCGACAGAAGGCCGAAUGGGCCCUGCGCUGGAUCAACGACGCCAACGCCAGCUUUGGCGAGCGUCUCGUUGCCUUUGCCGCCGUCGAGGGCAUCUUCUUCUCUGGCUCGUUUGCGUCGAUCUUCUGGCUCAAGAAGCGCGGCCUGAUGCCCGGCCUGACCUUCUCGAACGAGCUGAUCUCGCGCGACGAGGGCCUGCACACCGACUUUGCCUGCCUGCUCUUCAGCCUGCUCAACAACAAGCCCUCGCCGAGCACGAUCCUGGCGAUCAUCACCGAGGCUGUCGCGAUCGAGCAAACCUUCCUGACCGAGGCCCUGCCCUGUGCGCUCAUCGGCAUGAACUCCAAGCUCAUGAAGCAGUACAUUGAGUUUGUUGCCGACCGUCUGCUGGUUGCCCUCGGCCUCGACAAGCACUACAACUCUGCCAACCCCUUCGACUUUAUGGACCUGAUCUCGCUGCAGGGCAAGACCAACUUCUUUGAGAAGCGCGUGGGCGAGUACCAAAAGUCGGGGGUCAUGAGCUCGGCUCCCAAGGAGUUCUCUCUGGACUGCGACUUUUAGACGCCGCCGCUGCCGCCUGUGCUGAUCUCCCCCACCCUUGUCCUGUCCGUACAGCCGGGGGGAUUCGAUUCCGAUCCUGUCUGUUCUCUUGUUUCUGUUUAUCGCCUGCAUACCUAAUUAUCCCCCGUCGGAUGCUGUGUUUCUCAACACAGACCGAGCCUCUGCCUGGCGGCCUGGUCAACCCGACCAACGCCUUGCUUCUGUUGCCCAGCAACCAGCCACUCUCCCAUUCCUCCAGUAAUAUAUCUCUGCACUGCAUUCCACUCCCAUUCUGUUUGCCCCCUUCUUCUCUUUCCUUGUCUCUAUAGAGCAAGAUCUGUCUUGUAUAUACAACUUGUCGAAUACAAAGGCGGGCGACCGCACCCGCAAUUGCCAUUCA